UCUGAGACAUCGAUGAGCAGAUUUCCCAGGAGAACUUUCGUCAUCCCCUCCGGGGGUAUUCAAAUUAAUUAACCAAUCAGGUAAUACCCUUGAUCAGCUCUACCAAACGUGGAUGAUUUUGAACACCCCUAGAAGACUCCCGGAGGGCGAGCUCAUGCCACUUCCAAUCCCACAACGACCGUGGUCCCACAUUGGAUUUGAUUUCAUAAAAGACCUUCCCAGAUCCAGUAACCACACUUGUGUCCUCGUCAUUGUGGAUCGCUUUUUCGAAGGCUUGCAAGCUGAUCCCAUUGCCUGGACUUCCAACCAUGUUUGUGGGCACAGAGGCCCUCUUCAAUUAUGUCUUUUGAAACUUCAGCAUUCCCGAGGACAUAGUGUCGGACAGAGGUCCACAGUUAAUUUCAAGGGUUUGGCAAGCCUUCAGUUCAGAUCAGUCAAGUUCAGACUCCUCUGGGUUACUGUCAGGCUAUCUUCUGGAUACCACCCUCAGACAAAUGGCCAGACUGAGCGUAAGAUCCAGGAGAUUGGACCUAUUGCCACCAGCACCAGGACAGCUGGAGCCAGUUCCUUCCCUAGGCAGAGUACGCCCAGAAUUCCCUUCGGCAGUCCACCACUGGGCUCACCCCCUUUCAAUAUCUAUCAACCUCCACUCUUCCCUUGGUCAGGCAGUGCCACAAGAACCAAGCAAAUCGUCGUCAAGCUGAACCUCCGCCUGCCCUGCUGUAACUUGUGUCCUUGAUACAUUGGUCCUUUCACCAUGCAGAGGCAGCUAAACGCAGUCACAUACAGGGAUGUUCUUACUACAGGAAUUCACCAUCUUUCCAUGUUUCACUGUUGAAGCCCUUCAUUGAACCUGUCACUUC